AUGAGUCAAGAUCAAACCAGUGAGUCCCACUGGUGUCACAGCAGUCUGGACGAGCCACAGCAGGAAUCCAGCACCUCGCCGGAUUCGAACGCCGGCUCGCCUGGCCUUCAUUCGGCUUCAAGCUCGCACACGCGUGUCGCCUCCUACCUCGAGAGUAGCGCGAAUCAUACUCGCUCCAGUCCCCAUUUGCUGUCGUUGCUCGACAAGUUCCCCUACACACAAUUUUUCCAGGACUCCAAUGUGCCAUCGGCCAUCUCGUUAGCGAUGGCGUCCCCGGCUGCAUUGCAGCAGGAGACCCCCGUUCCUGCAGGGCAUCCGUACCCUAGAGAUCCGAUCUCGCCAGGUCAUCUUCACCCUCAUCCACUGCACCACCAUAUACACGACUUGCAUCUCCCGCAAGGCUCUUCUAACAACUCACCCAUCCACAGCUUGCAACAAAGCCUUCGGUAUCCGCCCGAGCCAAAUUUUUUAGAAGAUUCGCCUCAGCCACUUGAAACACCGUUUUUUGACCCUUCCAUCGCUCUUGACUCCCACACACCGCCGUUGAGCCUUCAUCCGCCUCUAAGUUUAGCAUUUCUAGCCUCCGUCGUCCCUCCAACACACCAACUGUCCUCCUCUUCUUCCUCGUCCUCGUCUAUAUCGGAAUUUGGGAUAUGGACCCGACACAACUCAGCGCCUCAGUCGUCCGAUCCACGGACCUCUGUCGUGGGGCAUCGACGUGUCUCGAAAAGACAGUGCCCGCAGUGUCACAAAGUAUUUUCCAGUUUUACUGCGGUUCAAGCGCAUGCUUUGGUGCAUUCAGGUCACAGACCUUACCGUUGCCCCUAUCCCGAUUGUACCAAGACUUUCAACGUCAAGAGUAAUAUGGUUCGUCACUACAAGUUACACAUCAAGAAAGCGGGAGAAUUCCAAGAUCCACGGCGCGAAUCUGCAUGA